CUGCUCUACUUAAAUAUUGUUUACUUCCGGUUGUUAUUCAACAUGGCUGGAUCGGGGAAAUUGCAGAAGACAAACUACAAAAAACUUAAAAAGCAUAAAAUGGUGGGAUUUAAAUUCGCUGCUCUGGUCGGAGGACUUUUCGGAACCAUCGGACUUCUUUUGUAUCCUGUUGUUAUCCAGCCCAUGAUCGAUCCUACCAAAUGGCAAGAAAUUCAGAAGGAAGCAAGAGCAGGGUUUGACAGGGAAAAGAUCCAGCCAGGAGAAAUGAGAGUAUGGACUAACCCUAUGGAUACAUCAAGCAAGAAGGAGUAAGGGAAGAAGACAAUUGAAAGAAUGAAGGAAUGGCCAAGAUGGCAUGAAUAUGUACAUAUACAGUAAAUGUGUAUGCUAAUUAUAUAGCAGUGAAUUAGGACAAAAUGAUAAGAUGUUGAUUCUUAUACGACUGAAGGUCAUCUCACUGUGUUCAUCAGAAGUGCUCAUGUGAAAAAUAAUGAUUUCUGCAGAUUUUGUAAUAGACAGAUCUAUGUAAAUUUGAUUGAGUGAAAUUGAAAUUGUUUUGUGAAGAUGUGUCUUGAAGAAAAUUGGAUGUCGUUAAAAAGUGUGUUGUGAGUGUGUAAAUAUAACGUGUGUACCUUUUUGUCUGAGUGUCAAUUUAAUGAAUGACGCUACUAGAUGAUGAUUUACUUCGAAGUUUUUUGUAAUCAUGUCUGUAUAAUUAUCUGUUUACGUAUAUAAAAGUUUCUGUAGCACCAAA